AUGAAGCAGAGAAUUUCUGGAUCAAGAAAACAAGACGAAAAUUUUAGAGAAGAAAUGAGGAAAUUAAAGGUGAAACAAAGCAUACAUAGUUCGAAAAUAUUUACAUUAAAUCCAUUUGUAGACUUAAAUGGAAUACUCAAAGUAGGAGGAAGACUUCAAAAUGCUGGGUUAAGCUAUAAUCAAACAUACCCAGCAGUACUACCUGAGAAGUCUCAUUUCACAGAUCAUAUCAUUAAAGAUUGUCACGAAACGCAAACACACGCUGGUGUAGCUGAAACUUUAACUCAAAUUAGGGAAACAUUUUGGAUACUUAAGGGUCGACAGCGUGUAAAGAGUAAUAUUAACAAGUGUGUGAUUUGCUACAGAUUUAAAGCGAAGCCACUAAGUCAGGAUAUCGCUCCUUUACCAACCGAAAGAAUAACAGAGGCAAAUCCCUUCGAAGUUGUAGAACUUGAUUUUUCUGGUCCUAUGAGUACAAAGGAUGAAACUGGGAAAGCUUAUAUUGCUCUGUAUACAUACGCUGUAACAAGAGCAGUGCAUCUGGAACUAGUGUCUAGCCAAACAGCAAACAAAUUUCUUCUGUCCUAA